AGCUGGUUUAUCAAUUUGAACAUCGCAAAUUGGCAAAUCGACAUUAAUGGCAUGGGCCCUGUAAUCCCCAUGCCACUAGAAUGCUUUGAUUUGUUUACCACAUUCAUGAAUUUGGAAAUACUGGAUGCUUUUAUAAAACUUGAACUACAUCUACUUUAAACAUACCUAGCUUUUCUCCAUCGAUUUAUCUGUAUACAAUGGCAAGCUCAUCAAACCCUCUUCCUCUUCCUUCCCCUCCUUAUGCUUCAGAACAAAUACAAGACCAUAACUACUUGUACGCAUCAAUCGCCAACGUUUCCAACUUUGUUUCUGUGAAGCUUUCGAGUGAACGCAACUACCAUAUUUGGAAGACACAGAUGCUUUGUCUCAUGAAGAGCCACAAUAUGGUUAGCCUCGUUGAUGACUCAAUUGUGGGUCCCAGAGCUUCAAGCAAUGAGAUUAUGGACCAAUACGACAGUCUUCUCAAAGGUUGGAUCUUUGGUUCAGUUAGCCAAAAUGUACUUGGUGCUGUAGUUGACCUCAUUUCAGCCAAAGAUGUUUGGGACAAACUGAAAUCCUUCUAUGAUACAACUCAACAAGAUCAAACCCCAACAAAACUAGAAGAAAAAAUGAAAACCGAAGACAUAGAUCAUAAGGUUGCAACAGAAGCAAAACUAAAUGUCAAAGACACAAUCACGAUAGAUGUAGAAACAAACGAUAGUGACAAAGAAACCAAAACAGAAGGCUUAAACAAGGAAGAACUCGAGGAGUUGCAUAGAGCUGUUGUGAAGGGGUAUUGGCAUCGAGCAGAACCCAUACUGAAAAAGAAUAAAGAUGCAGUGAGAGUGGCAAUCAAGAAUGACGGAAGCACAAUAAUUCACCUAGCGGUUGCAAUAGGUGAUACCUAUUUUGUGAAAAUAUUACUUUCGUAUGUAAAUGAUGAAGAUGUACUUGAAAGGAGAAGUUCAGAUGGAAGCACAGCCCUUCAUAUCGCUGCAAUUGUUGGGAAUAGAUAUGCAGCGCGUCUCUUGCUUGAAAAGAACAAAGACUUGUUACGAAUUAAAGACCAUAAAGGGGAUGAAGCUUUGCAUAAAGCUUAUGAACAUAUGCAUCUUGAUACCAUUGGAUAUUUGUUUAAAGCUAUGGAUGAUGGUGGAAAGACCAAGUCAGCAUCUUUUCAUUUAGGGGACACUGCUCACCCUGAUCCUGGUGUUGAAGUAGGCGUUGACCUUCUUGUUAAUGCUAUUUUUGCAAAGGAAUACAAUUUAGCCUCAGAGUUGAUUGAAAAUUUUCCUAAAUUUGCUGUGAUAAAUGACGGUGUACUUAUGGCUAUCGCUAAAACCUUUCCAAGUGGGUUGGACUAUGGAGAAACACUUAUCUAUCCCUCUUUGAGCAAUUUUUGGCAAACGACACGUUAUGCAGCUGUAAUGGUUGGGUCUGCGGUUCUUUGCAUCCCGAUAAUGAUAUACGAAUUUAUAUGGGGUGACCCAUCAGAAGAUUUCAUACUGGAAGUAGUCAUAAUGGUUACACUAGCUAUACCUACAUUCUUCUAUUACUCCAUAUACCUCCUCUUAUUGAUGUUCUGUUUCUUAUUCCUUCUGCCCUAUUUCGCCUUGUGGAAGGCUGCAUCGAAACUCGUUGCACCCAUAAAGCAUAUUGAGAAAAAGAAGAAAGAAUGUGAAGAAGCAGAAAAGGUUCUAAGAUUGGUGUGUGAUGAAAUAGACAAUUUAGGAUACUCUGGAACACAUCAUCCCUAUUACACUCGACCAAUUCUUGAAGCCGCAUGUCAAAAUACUUUUAAGGUUGUUCAUGAGAUUUUGUCUAGAUCACCUGAAGCAAUUCAAUGUACAAAUAAAAGUGGAUAUGACAUCAUUCAGUUAGCAGUUCUACAUCGUUCAGUUGAAAUUUACAACCUUAUCUAUGACAUUGGGGAACGUAAGAAUCUUUAUAGAACAAUUGUUGAUUCUUCUAUGAACAAUAUCUUGCAUUUGGCUGGAAAGUUGGCUCCUUCACAUGAACUCAAUCGUAGAACAGGUGCAGCAUUACAACUACAACGAGAACUUCAAUGGCAAGAGGAGGUGAAGAAACUCGUGUUUCCUACAUACAUCACUCAAGAGAACAUUUUUAAGGAAACACCAGAUAUGGUGUUCACAAGGGAACACGAAAACUUGUUGAAAGAAGGAGAAAAGUGGAUGAAAACCACAGCAGAAUCAUGCAGCAUCACUGCAGCAUUAAUUACCACAAUUGUAUUUGCAGCAGCAAUUACAGUACCCGGUGGGACCCAUCAGGAAACAGGGACUCCUUUGUUUAGAAGUGAUAUCGCGUUCACUAUUUUUGCUAUAUCAGAUGCAAUCUCACUAUUUACAUCUAGUACAGCAUUACUAGUGUUCUUAUCGAUCUUAACUGCACGUUUUUCUGAAAAAGAUUUUUUAGUCAGUCUUCCAAGACGAUUGCUUAUUGGUCUUUGUGCUUUAUUGCUCUCGACAACUGCUAUGAUGGUAGCCUUCAGUGCAACAUUGUUUCUUGUCUUUUGUGAUAAAAAACCAUGGAUGCUUGCUCCAAUAUGCGCAUUGGCUUUGAUCCCGAUUUCAUCUUUUGUUACUCUACAAUUCCCCCUUAUAGUUGAUUUAUUUUGGUCGACCCAUGUGCGCAUCUUUGGCAUGAAAAAGAAAAGUGGAUUCAAAAGGUUUGAUCCGGACAACAAAUAUAAGGUUGAAUUUUGGUGAGUGGAAUUAGUGUGUUCUAAUUAGAUCCUUGGCUUUUAGG